AUGAAAUGGUCAGGAUCUUCUGCUUCCGGGCCUUGUUGUGGGCAGUUGUUUUUGGCAAGCUCAAUUUAUUUAGGCGUCAGCGAAUCAUCGAACGUCGAUCUCCUAAAACCAUGUCAAUCACUCAGAACUUUUCAGUACGCUUGCGAACCUCCUGUAAUCAAUCCUGAGACGCAACAACCGCUGAACUGUAAUGUGGACAACUCCGUAACUGUUACCUGUAAAGUCGCGAAUGGCGUCCAUUGCCGUGGACUACUCAAUGGAACUCGAUAUUUCCAUUUAUCAGUGGAAAACCAAAUUCAUGCAGUUACCACGCUCACCUUCAUCACUCAACUGCCCUGUUGUUAUCGAUAUUUCUUGGCUUUUUGGGUAUUGACAGGAUGUAUCUUGGAUACUAUGCUGUUGGUAGGCUUUUAUUCUUGUAAUUGUUCAAGCUGCAUAUACUUAAAAAUUCGACGCAGCUACAAAUUAUUCUGUUUACACCUGCAUAGACUGUUUAUGACAAUGGCGAUGGGUAAUCACUUGUAUUUCUUGAGUACUUGUUUUACGUUGCAGGACACGAUGGCUACAGAACAACAAUUGGCAAUGGUUGCCGAGCUGGAAAUGGAGAUGAUGUCAGAUAUGUACCGGCGGAUGACGGCGGCUUGUCAGGAGAAAUGCAUAGCAAGAACCUUCAAAGAAGGAGAACUUACUAAGGGCGAGGCAGUAUGUCUCGACCGUUGUGUCGCCAAGUACCUGGACGUGCAUGAGAAGUUAGGGAAACGCUUGACAACCAUGUCCCAAGCUGAUGAAGCCGCUCUUCAAAAAGUACACGAACAACCACAGCAGUAA